GAAAAUUGGCUUCGGAAUAAAACAGCCACCCCUGGUUGCACUUGAAGCCGAAAUGUAUCGGUAGCGCUUGACAAGUGCAGGAACAAAAAUUAGAGCAUAGAAACAUUUUGAAAGUCAUGCUGUUAAAUUGCCACUGGCUUAUUCCAAAUCGAUCCGUGCAAGACUUUUAACAAGUUGGCGUGCGUAAUAUCUCAACAAAUCCCUCCCAUCUGGACAACUGACAGUGACAAAAAGGCUGUAGUCUUUUCCAGGCGGGAAUAAUAAUGUAACUCGUCAGGUAUCUUAUAUCGGCAGGACCUUCACACAGGCAACUGUUUUUCCAAAUAAUCUCCUUCCAAGAAUGUCUGCAGCUUCUUUUCAUUAAGAAGAAACAGCUGCGGCUUCAGUCUUUGCGGCGUCUUUGCGCUUAUGAUAUAUUGAUAGUGAGUCCUGCUUUAUUUCUCUGCGAGGCAAAGAACCAUGCGAAGCGCAGUUAACCUCAUGCCAUUCCUCACAUGGGAGUAAGCGCCUGCCCGGCUCGCGCAGGUCGGCGUCACUGAGACCGGGACACCUCGCUGGGUCUGCGCCUCGCAGACGGAGCAACUCGUGGACGGAGCGCCUCGCGGAAAACGACCGAGCGCGCGCAAGACGAGUCGGCGUCCGCCAUGCUCCGCAACGCCUCGGCCCCGGAGGAGUGCGCCGCUCCUGCUCCUCCCAACAUCACAUGCGUGCGGACGGACCUCUCCGUCAUGAUCUCGGUGGUCUCCAUGACCGUCGGCAUGCUCUCCAACACCUUGGCGCUCGUCAUCCUGAUCAAGGCGUACCGCCGCUUUCGCCUGAAGUCCAAGGCUUCCUUCCUGCUGCUUGCUAGCGGCCUGGUGGUCACCAACUUCUUGGGGCAUCUCAUCAAUGGCUGCUUGGCUCUCUAUGUUUAUAGCUUCUGCAUGGACUGGAAGAGCAUCGACCCCCACAACGUCCUCUGCAGCUUCUUCGGGGCCUUCAUGGUCUUCUUCGGCCUGAGCCCCCUGCUGUUAGGCAGCGGCAUGGCGGUGGAGCGCUGUCUGGGUGUCACGCGGCCUAUCUUCCACUCGGUGGCGCUCACAUCCCGGCACACCAAGCAGCUGCUGGCGGCGCUCUGGUUCUUGGCCGCCGUGGUGGCCGCGCUGCCCAUCCUGACACGCCGGCCUUACCGCGUCCAGCGUUCUCGCAGCUGGUGUUUCUUUGCCGAGGACAGCGGCCAUUGGCUGGACCUUCUGCUGCCGCUGCUCUUCGCCUGCGUGGGGCUUCUGGCUCUCCUGGUGUCUGUUCUGUGCAACACGGUGACGGGCCUCACGCUGAUGCGCUCCAGAAUGCUCCGGCAGAGGCAGCGCCGUGGUCCCACGGCACACCACCUGGAGAUGAUCUGUCAGCUCGUGGCCAUCAUGCUGGUCUCCUGUGUCUGCUGGGGCCCCAUCCUGGUCAGCGUGGUCGUCCGCAGCGCCCAGACCGAGGGCCAGCAGGGCUGCGGCAGGAUGCUACUGGCCGUGCGAAUGGCCACCUGGAACCAGAUCCUGGACCCGUGGGUUUACAUUCUGCUGCGCAAGGCUGUCCUGAGGAAGCUGUUCCGCGUGGCACGUAGCUGCUGUGGUACCCACCUCCACAUCCUCUCCAGCUGGAACUUCAGCACCGUCAAGGGCUCCAUGCCCUCAAGCACCUGCCAGAGCUCCACCCCCGAGGGUGGGCAGGGCCUUGGCAAGGUCACCGUGAUGGAGGUCACCGGGACCCCGCCACUGUGUGUCUGAAUGUGGCCGGCGUGGGAACGCAGCGCCAUGCCGGUCCGCUGGAGGCCUGCCUCGGCUGACACGGUGUGCCUGCGUGGAUGGAAAGUCCCGGAGAAGUGUUCACCCUGUGCCAAUGGGCGCAGGCCUCCAUUUGUUGCAUACCUCUGCAUCACGUGACCAAAGAGGCCAUGCCGAGUGUUAACCGUCCUGAUGGGAUGCAGAGCGAAGGCUGGUGGUCUCUGCGUGGGCGGUGUGGGAAGUCACACGAGAUCCUGCUGUCCCUCUAAACCACGACCUCCCCUGCAGAGCCAAGGAGAGUCACUCUGGGACCCUCAGUCCUGGGCAGUGUGACAUCCUGGGGGCAAAACAAGUACAAGCCAUGGCAGAAACAUCAUGAGAGCUUGAAGACACGCUGGUUUCUGUGGGGGGAGAGAGGCACUGUGGUGACACUGGGCAGCGGCCACCUAGGCCCCCGCUGCCAUCAGGCCCGGACCACGGUGCCCCCACAUGAACAGCAUGUCUGUCCUUAAAGCUGCCUUUAUCCAGCCUUUUGCUCAGGAUUGACGCCACAAACUUGGCUCCGCUCAGCCUGAUAUUCUCCGCUUUCAGUUGAGUUACUCGCCCGAGACCUGAGAGGAUUAUUGCCGCGUUUCUCUAAGCGUGGGGAAUGCCCCCCCCCCACACUGGCACCCGCCAUUCAGACCCUCGGUCACGACUGAACGAUUUCAGAUGCUUUAUACAAAGUGACAUACGCGUACUGUAGAGAGGGGGGUCAGUCAGGAUCAGACCGCGGAGCGAUUACAGGUUAGGGGCCUUGCUCAGCGGCCCAGUGGUGACAUCACUCUGCUGACCCUGAGACUUGAACCGAUGACCUUCUGGUCAGACACAAUGUCCGAGAGCCACACAGUGCCCCAAUUCCUUGUGCAAGUGUGGCAUUAUGGGACAUUAAGGUAACAUAACUUUGCUAUCCCUUGAUGAACCAAACUUAUUUGGUUCAUCAAGUUGUCAGUGAAUCUAUCAGUUUUGAACAGUAAUACUGUGGAGGCGGCAAAGAUGAAUAAAUACAGAUUUAUUUUGAAAGGGACAGUUUUACUCCAGUAAGAAGCUUAGAUUUAAUGCUGUACAAAGUGCUGCAUGUUUCAGAAAUGUCAGCUUUAAUGUCAAAACUGUAAAUAACAUUCAUAAUGACACUUGUAUGAAAUGUUAGGUGUGCAUUGGUGUAAUUGCUAAUUCUGAGGCAUACUAAUCAAUUACCUCUCGUGUGUUUUCUGCAACCAUGAAUGAAACAUUAUAAUAAUAUUGAUUUAAAGUGACCGUUUGGCUCCUUGAUGCUGAGGAUGGAGUCACUCGCUGGUCGUUUCAUCAGUUUUUUAAGAAGGGAGGAACUGAAAAGCUCCGGGAUCCCUCAUCUCCAAGUCAUUUUCACUGGAAGUUUCACACGAAUGUAAAGAGACGCAUCUUUGCGUGUGGAGAUUCAGGCUUGAAGUGUGCCGUGUCCGGGCCGUUUCCGGGUCCGUCGUCCGUGUGCAUGUUUGUCUGUCCUGCCCUCUGCCUGCAUUCCUGGGGCUCGCCACACACGCACUGUGAAUGUACACAUUAUUCGCUAUGCACAUGUUCUCUAACGGAGAGACAGAGCUCUAAUUAAACCUCUGCGGACUA